UCAACGCUUCCCGGAUACAAACCCCAUUUAAAAAACAGACCAUCUCUCUCUCAAUAACAUCUUCUCCCAAUUAUCAUGUACAUCCAUCUCAUCUGUCUCCCUCCACCUGCAUCACCUGCAUGGAGUCCAUCUUAUCCUACACCACCCUCCUCCUCCUAUCCUACACACUCCUCCUUAUCCUUCACCCGUCUUCCGCUGGCACAAUCUUCACCGAAUUUAUCAGCCCAAACUUCACAGCCUCCAACUUCCGAUUCAUAGACAGCACCGGCGCAUUUUUAACUUCCCGCAAUGGAACCUUCCAAGCUUCCAUCUACAACCCCUUCCUCCAAUCUUCUUACUACUUGUGCGUCCUCCACGUGGCAUCCAACGCAGUAAUCUGGUCCGCCAAUCGCGACGCACCAAUCUCAAGCUCAGACUCCAUGAAUCUAACGCCCAACGGCAUCUCCAUCUACCACACUAACGGCAGCCUCGUCUGGUCCACCCCCACGUUAAGAAACUCUGUAACGGCGUUACGACUUUCCGAGACCGGGAAUCUUGAGUUGCUGGAUCGAUCCAACACCUCUCUCUGGCAGAGUUUCGAUAAUCCAACGGACACGAUCAUCAUCGGCCAGCCUCUACGUGCGGGUAUGUCGCUCGUGAGCUCCGUUUCAGACUCCAGUCUCUCGACGGGGAAUUACCAGUUCCAGGUCACCGAUCAAGAUGCCGUUCUUCGAUGGUUCGGACAGCCGUACUGGAAGCUUUCGAUGGACACACGAGCAUUCAAGGACUCCAGCGCCGCAAUCUCGUAUCUACAGAUGAACGGCACCGGCUUGUUUCUCUUCAGCGCCGGGACCGGCGCCGUCGUCGUCUGGCAGCUAUCCUUACAGCUGUCCAAUUUCCGCUUCGCCAAGUUGGAUUCCAAGGGCCACCUCAUCAUCUACAUCUUAUCCGGCAACCAGCCGAUGUCGGAAUUCACAGCGCCUACAGAUGAAUGCCGGCUUCCUUUCUCCUGUGGCCGACUCGGGCUCUGUACAGAUUCUGAUGGACAGAACGGCUGGUCCUGUUCCUGCCCUUCCGGUUUCCGUUCCGAUACAAAGAGCUUUGGUUGCUUGCCAUCAGACGGUUAUGAUUUACCGCCACUCGCUUGUAAUUCUAGCUCUUCUUUUACUUAUCUAUCUGUCGGCAAUGGCGUACACUAUUUUGAGAAUAACUACGCACCGCCGGCUACUUCGGGCAAUCAACGUUCUUCUUGUGAAGAUCUCUGCUCCAAGAACUGCUCUUGUUUGGGCUUCUUCUACACUGUUUCUUCUUCUUCUUGUUAUCUUAUUAAAGAUCAAUUAGGCUCUGUUUCCUCCAUGAUUGACAGUGAGGAUGCAGAUAUCAUGGGCUACGUUAAGACGGUCGCCGGAUUAUCAUCAUCAGUUCCGAAUUCGAAUGAUGUUAAUCGUAGCUCCGGUAGAAAUUUGCCGAUAUCUGCUUUGAUCCUCUUACCUUGCAGUGGUGCCUUUCUGUUAAUCAUCCUUCUCGUGAUGGUUCUUUGGUGGAGAAGAUGGAGAGCGUCGAAGACCGCCGUCGGAAAAUUGGGCCGACCCAACUCAACUUCUUCAACAGACUUCGAUUCAAUCCCCGGCUUGCCAGUGAGAUUCAAGUAUGAGGAAUUGGAGGCAGCAACUGAAAAUUUCAAGACCCAGAUCGGGUCAGGAGGAUUCGGGUCUGUCUACAAAGGAACGCUGGCUGAUAAGACCCUUGUCGCGGUGAAGAAGAUAGGCAACAUUGGAGUGCAGGGGAGGAAGGAAUUCUGUACAGAAAUUGCAGUUAUAGGCAACAUUCAUCAUGUUAAUCUUGUAAGAUUACGGGGAUUCUGCGCACAGGGUCAGCAGAGGCUUUUGGUCUAUGAGUACAUGAACCGUGGAUCGCUUGAUCGGUCUAUUUUUGGGGUGGGAUCCGUUUUGGAGUGGCAAGAGAGGGUGGAUAUUGCACUUGGGACGGCUCGUGGAUUGGCCUACUUGCAUGGUGGGUGCGAGCACAAGAUAAUUCAUUGUGAUGUCAAGCCAGAGAACAUUCUGUUACAUGAUCAUCAGGUGAAGAUAUCUGAUUUCGGUCUGUCGAAGCUGAUGAGCCCCGAGCAAUCGAAUCUGUUCACUACCAUGAGAGGGACUCGUGGUUAUCUAGCGCCGGAGUGGCUGACGAAUGCUGCAAUAUCGGAUAGAACUGAUGUUUACAGCUAUGGGAUGGUGUUGUUGGAGAUUGUACGUGGGAGGAAGAACUGCUCUGCUCAGGGGCAGAGCCCGACUGCGGAUGAGGAGAGUGGCAAUCAGUUAUCAUCGUCAGUGUCUGAAUCUGCUUACUUCCCUCUUUUUGCAUUGGAGAUGCAUGAGCAAGGGAGGUAUCUAGAGCUGGCGGACCCGAGAUUGGAGGGGCGGGUGACGAGGGAGGAGGUGGAGAGGGUGGUGCGAAUUGCUUUGUGCUGUGUUCAUGAGGAUCCCAUGUUGAGACCGAACAUGGCGAAUGUGGUUGCUAUGUUGGAAGGUGGGAUUGCUUUGAGCGAGCCAAGGGUUGAAUCCUUGAACUUUUUGCGGUUUUAUGGGAGGCGAUUCACGGAGCCAACGAUGCUGGAUGGGAAUGUGGCGAAUGGGUAUUUGUAUCGGUUGGGAAACAGUUCUUUAAUGAGUUCCUCAAGCGGGACGCAUACGUCUAUCUCUUACCUGUCUUCGCAGCAGGUUUCCGGACCAAGAUAGCAUAUCCAUAUUGCCAAGAAUGAUCUUUGAGAAAAUGGGAGAAGACCGAGAAGAAGAAUUGGGAGUUGGUUCCAUCUUCAUACUUGUAUCUGUAGAGUUCUCUUUAGGAAUACUUGAACAGUACAUGCUUCAUUACAUUUGCUUCCAUGGGAGUCUCCCUUCUUGAAAUGGUGUAAUGAAUUCCACGUGUUCUGCUGGUUUUGGAAACAGAAUUCAGUUGCAGAUGGAGACCUCAUCACGCUAUGAAUUGGGUGAUUUUAAUCUUAUAGUUCCAUGUCAAGAAUGCCAAGAGAUCAGUGUGUAAAGCCUCCACGAAAUUCAUCUCAAUGUUACAUGUACAAGUUCAUAGCGAUUUUAUUUAUAUUGAUGAUUUUUGCCUUAAGACUACUUUCAACCAUGUUUU